GCCAGGCGCGUCAGUCGGAGCGCAAUUGUUGAUCAGAUCACAUCCAGCGGACUUUGCGCGAGAAAAAGAGAGGAAGCCGAGAUUUAAGAGCGGGCUUGUUUUGACUGCGCGCCGCUGUGUGCCUGUAGUAGCUGCGACUUUGGCUUGAACACUUUCCCCCCUUUCCACUUCUCCGGGUUCCUUCCUUUUUUUUCACCUCUCGCUAUACACUUUUUUUUUUCCUUUUCUUUUUUUUGUGAGUGUGUGUGUGUGUGUGUGUGGGUGUAACGCGCAGUUUUGUCCGGACGAACACAACUGUGCGAUCCGGCGGUGGAGAUGUCUUUCCCCCAGCUAGGCUACCCGCAGUACUUAAGUGCCUCCCAGGCGGUGUACGGGAGCGACAGACCGGGAGUGCUUACGCCUUCGUCCCGGGGAGGGAGCGGCGAAAUCGGAGGGAGUCCGUCCGCCACCGCAGCGGCUGUCACGUCGGUGUUGGGCAUGUACGCCAACCCGUACGCGCACAACUACAGCGCUUUCUUACCUUACACCAGCGCGGACUUGGCUCUUUUCUCGCAAAUGGGAUCCCAGUACGAGCUGAAGGACAGUCCCGGUGUCCAUCCUGCCAGCUUCGCGGCGCACACGUCCCCGGCCUUCUACCCAUACGGCCAGUUUCAGUACGGGGACCCGGCCAGGCCCAAGAACGCCACCCGGGAGAGCACCAGCACCCUGAAAGCCUGGCUCAAUGAGCACCGGAAGAACCCGUAUCCGACCAAGGGGGAGAAGAUCAUGCUGGCCAUCAUCACCAAGAUGACGCUGACGCAGGUCUCCACCUGGUUCGCCAACGCCAGGCGGAGGCUCAAGAAGGAGAACAAGGUGACCUGGGGAAGCAGGAGCAAGGACGAGGAGGACGGCAACUUGUUCGGCAGCGGGGACGAGGCGGAGAAAAACGAAGACGAGGAGGAGAUUGAUUUGGAGAGCAUAGAUAUAGACAAAAUCGACGACAACGACGGGGAUCAGAGCAACGAGGACGACGACGAUAAAUCAACGGAGGGCAGCAGGGACCACAGGGGAGGCGUCGGCGCGGGGGGAGAGCUGGACAGCUUGGAGAGAAGACGGGCCUUCGCCCUGCAGGCCCACGAGGCCUUUGACAAAUCUAAGAGCACUAUUUCGGUUCACCCAGGGAGUAAAGAGGGCUCGGACGGCAACAACAACAACACCAGAGUUUUGUCCCCGGAUAGGCCCGGGAGCUUUCCUCUCCCGUCAAACAAUAAGCCCAAAAUCUGGUCUUUAGCAGAGACCGCCACCAGCCCCGACAGCUCGUCUCAGAAACCCACGUCCCCCUGCGCCCCGGCGGCCACCACUCACUCAUCGGCGCCCCACCACCAGCUGCAGACCCACCCGGCCUUCCUGCCCAGCCACGGACUGUACACAUGCCAGAUCGGAAAGUUCCACAACUGGACGAACGGGGCUUUCCUGGGCCAGAACUCCCUGCUGAACGUGAGGUCGUUUCUGGGAGUAAACCAGCACCAUCACCACCACCACAACCACCACUUGCCCACGGCCCAGCAGCAGCAGCAGCAGCAGCAGCAGCAGCAGCCGACGUCAGUGGUGGUGUCGCCGGUAGCAGCCGCAGCAGCGCUCAGCAACGACAGCAAGGCGCCGCCAGAGACGCACAGCCCCAAACACAUAGACCAUGAAAACGGUGUCAGGUCCGAUUCACCUCCAACGCAGACCCUGAAGUCUUCCUUUCGACCCAUCCAUGACAGAUCCUCUCUGCCUUCCAGCGCCAGGAGCCCGCAAGACGCCACGCAACGGGUCCUCACCGCUCUCUCCUCGGCUUGAUCAAGACACUUUUUUUUUUUUUUUUUCGUGCUUGGGAAAAAAAAAGAAAAGGAAAAAACACAAGAAGAAAAAAAAAGACUUUACACCCCCCCACCUAAAAUAAAAGGACAAUGAGAAAUAAUAAAUGCAGCGUAGCAUUCAGUCGGUACAGAACAAAUGGCGUAAUUUGGUAAUAUCCUGUGGAUGGAUGGAUUACUUCCUCUAUUGUUGUGUAGCCUAUAAUCGCGCCUAUAAUGUUACUCUCUCUCUCUCUCUCUCUCUCUCUCUCUCUCUCUCUCUCUCUCUCUCUCUCUCUCUCCACUCUGCCCAGGCAAGGCUGGGACAUUUUUUGGUAGCCUUUUUACUUUGUUAUAAUUAUUAUUAUUAUUAUUAUUUUUAAUUUUUUUGUCUCUAUCUUGUGUUUUUUGGUGUCCUUUUUCUUUAAUGUAAAUAUCAAGUGAUUUAAAUUUGUAAAUAGGAAGCGUUGAAGGAAUUUGUCCAGAUCGUAUAUUUUGCCUAA